CUGCAUUGAAAUUUUUUUGAUCCACUAGUCACUCACUGCACAACACCGCAGGAUCUGCUCCGCGAAUCGUCGAUGUCGAAGCAGAACUAAUCAAGCAGAAGAGCGAAACGGCAAGUGCCAAGGCCACCGCGGAGCGCGCGGAGAAGGCCUCGUCGGACACGCUGAAAAAAUUGGACCAGUUGCGGAGCACGCUGCGAAACGCGGCGGUCUCUCACACCGAGGCACUGCGGAAGGUCCAGAUUCCGCCGCCGCGCCUCGCGGGUUUCAGCGGGCGCUAGGGCAAGGCAAGGUUUUGUCGUGGUCACGAUGAAGAUGAUGAAUCGGUGGAUUCACGACUUGUUUUUUCCGUCCACAAGAACGAUUGAGAUUGUUCCGUAACUACAAGCAUGGCGUAUGAGCGCACGAGCAGAUGACAGAAGAGAACAAACACAAUGGUGAAAAAUGUGUAGACUGCAACAGCACCACAUCACUGAGGCGGUGUUUCCAUUUUCAACGCAACACUUCCAUGCAAGAACUUCAGUGUGCUCCUACUUUUGCUUUUCUCGAUCCUGGCGGUAUCUUUCAUGAUUUUUGUCGCGUCUAUCUUUCGAUGGCGCCAGCCGGCAGCUUUUCUGGUAGAGAUUCUGGUUUACCAUUCAGAAACAGAUACACCAGAUCGUGUGCAAUGUUGACAGUCUUGGUUUUUCGCUCUUUUUCUUGACGGACAACUACUUACACAUCACGCGAGCACCCGGUCUCGGGCGUGAUGCGCAUAGGUUUUUACAGCAUACUAUACAUACAUGUCUUUGAGCACGCUCUUUUGAAAAUCUAGGAAGUACGUAACAAGUCAAAAACUACUUCUCUUUGAUAUUGAACAGAACACAAGGAGCAAGUACGUACGAACUCCAAGAUCAUAUCGAGAGCAACAAUGGACGAUUAUCCGGCGGGCAAGCACAAGAAGGGGCUUGACCCCCACGACGGCGAUUUCAAAUUUGACAAAAUGGCGUGGACCGAAGCGGACCUGAAGUUGCCCAUAAGUGUGAAGGACUCGAAACAGAAAGCCGCGGUGGCGAUGCACCAGUUCCAACAGCAGGAGGAGCUGCACUCGCAUCCAUUCGAUCACAACAUCGGAGCCCAGCAGGGAAUAAAUAACUAUGCACUGGUGGCAAAGGAUGUCGACCACUACACCAUUGACAGUAAGGGGAUAAAAACGUCGUUCCAGAACCUGCGCGAAAAGGACAUCAACUUCUCGUACUCCUACAACGACAAAAAGGCCCCACUGUACGACGCCUUCGAUGCGCAAAGCAAGAUGGCGAUGAAGAAGGGACACGCCGCCAACCAGAGUCUGCUGGAGAGUUUUCAGAAGAUUGACCACGCGAAUUACGUGGACCAGCAACAGAAGAAGUACGGCAGCCGAGGGCUACUCGGGCUAGACUUGGCGGACAAAAAAUUACCAUGCUACGACAAGGACGUCAAGCAGCCGCAAAAGAACCUGAUGAAAAGCAGCUCCUCGACGUCCUGGGCUGCAGCGACCCACUUUAGCAAAGCCGCACUGCAGAAGGCAAACGCGUCCUUCGCGCUCCAGGCAGACAGAUCGAAACUCGCCAUAACCCGGGAGGACCGCAUGAGGAGUCUUACCCGAGCCAGUAUUCGACGCCUGGCCCGCCGCGGCGGGGUCCGCCGGAUUUCGAGCGGCAGUUACAAGGAAUGCCGGGUGGCCAUGGCCCUGUUUUUAGAGGCCACCCUGGGGGACGCGUUGGCCUACAUGAAGCAUGCGCGAAGAAAUACGGUGCAGCCCAAAGACGUGCUGCUUGCGCUCAAGCGCCGCGGGAACCCAAUAUUGGGAUUCGGUAGCGCUUGA